AUGAUUCGCAGCUACCGGGGGAUGACCCCCAAGAUUCAUCCCACUGCCUGGGUUAGCGAAUUUGCCUAUGUGGUGGGCGAUGUGGAAAUAGGCGCCUAUUCCAGCGUGUGGCCCGGCACUGUCAUACGAGCCGACACCAUCAAGAUUACGCUGGGGGAGCAUGUAAACAUCCAGGACAACUGUGUGCUCCAUGCGGACAGCGACGCCAUCUACGAGGACUACGUUACCCUGGGACACGGGGUAAUCAGCCACGCCAAGCACAUCAAGACCCAUUGCCUAAUUGGCAAUGGCGCAACCCUGAACGAUGGUGUCAUACUGGGCGAAAACUCCGUCAUUGCCAGCGGGGCGGUAGUCCUGGAGCGGCAGGAAUUCGGCCCCAACUCCUUCGUACUGUGGUGUACCGGCCGCGGCCCGUGA